UCAGAAUGAUAUUUUUACGAUUCUUCUUUGAAUGUCAUAUUAAUUUUUUCAUUAGUUAAUUACUAAAAGCCGUCUUAAUUACUGAGGAUAUUUUGAAAGAGUAUUUAUUCUCUUAAACAAUCAAUUAAAAUAAAUACGUAAAGAAAAAAUAAUUAGUUGUUAGGAUGCUGAAAUGAAAAGUAUAGAAUUCAAGAGAGAUCAACAACAUUUUCGGUAGCAUUCUAUUAGGGUCACAUGAUGUGAUUGUUAGAACCCUAUGUCAAUAUAAGAAAACUAAACAACUAACGACGGUGAUCCUGAAACGAAAACGCGAAUUACCUGAGCAAAUUUUAUGGAUCAAUCCAUCUCCAUUUAUGUUGUAAGUCACAUUGGUUGAUGAUCUAGAAACUUACUUUUCCUGCUUUGGCCAACAUUUAAAUUAGAUUAGAUCAAUAUAUGUGACACUCUGCUCUUAGCUCAACAAGUCUGAGGUUUAUAAAAACUUUAAAAACACGAAGGGUCAGUGAAGCAUCAUUAAGCCCUAGGCAAAUUAUUAGUCAAGUUGAACUCACGCAUACAUUAGGAAACCGACCUCUGGACACUGAACGUUUUCUCUGGCCUCGUGAAGGUCAUAAAUGAAUCGUUAAAUAACAUAGAUCUAGCACUUGUACAAAUUUUUCCUCAUCGUUAUUCUGCUGUGGUGUUUGAAUGAACUAAUGAUUCAUUUGUACUUGUUGAAUACUUGAUUUCGAAUUCCAAAUGCAGUACAUUCGUUCGCGCUUAUCUAGUACUUCUUGAUCCAAUUGCGUUAUUUCUGGUAUUCUUAUUUCGUACUUUAAUUCAAAUACUCCUAAUCAUCACAUUGGCGUCUCGAUUGAGCCUGUGAUGGAAUUGUUGAAUAUACAUUCAGAUUUUGAUGCUUUUGAGGAUUACUUCGAAGGGUUCGAAAUCUGGCCCACGGCCAAGGGAGAUGAUGAGGAUGUUAAUAUUGUAGCACAUUUCCUCACAUUCAUCGGAAAAGAAGCAUAUAGCUUAUUAAAAACUCUGGCUUUACCGGAAAAGCCCAUUUCGCUUUCUUAUAUAGCUCUCAAGGAUCUAAUGCUAGACUAUGUUAAGUAAACAAAGUUCGAAUGCGGUAAAAGAAGACUUCGUAAAAUGACUCAUGAGGAUGUAAAAAUUCCACUACAUUACGUCACCCCAACCCAGUGCAUACUCAAGGUUAUGCAGAUGAUUCAUCGAGGAGUUGCGAUGCAGUUCACGAAGAUGGGCGCAAGUUUGCUCAACGUUUGUCCUGUGGCAGGUUCCACUCUUUUAAUUCAUGUAAAUUUCGUAAUUCUAAGUGCUUUAAAUGUGUUGAUAUUGGACAUAUUCAGUCAGUUUGUAAUACUACUGUUCAUCUUACUGCAACUAAUAUUAUGUCCUGUAAUUCUGAUUAUAUUAAGUUGAGUAUUUAUAACGAUCAUUUAUCUUUAUCAACGAUUUCAAAAGACAGUGUAGAGUCAUAUAGCAGUUCAGAGUUAAGUGAAACUCAGAAUUCUUGCGAGACAACAGUUUCUAAUCAAUCAACUUAUCACAUUUCUCAUGUCAUUGUACCAGAUAUGGGUUUUCCUAAUCAUUCACUUAUUUCUGACGAAAUUCCUUGCCAAUCUGAUGAAAAUAUUUUAAAUGAACCUAGUCAUGAUAAAAAAACCUGAUGUAGUUUUGAUAGAUGCUGAUUUUUCUAGUGAUCCUUUACUCUGCAAUGACAUUCUUAAUAAAUUGGAGGAAACUAUUUCAGAAGAAUCAAAUCUUGAUGUUCUAUCAAAUAUUAUUUGUCCUCAUAAUGCAUUUAUUGCUCUUGGGAAACUUGUACAAUACGAAGCACAAGUACUAAAUGAGCUCGAUUUUGAUUACUAUUCUGAUGAUUUCAUAUCAACUGCUGUUUAUCCUUAUCACGAAGUCACUUCUAAUGUUUACUCUAACCAGUGUGAGAAUGGAAGCCUUAAUAUUCAUAACUUGGGGAUAUAAAGAUACAAUAUUAUUUCGUGGGGGAAGAUAGUCUAAAAGUCUAUGGUUCAAAUUCUAGGUAGCAGCGGUUUCAGUACACAACCGACAUGCUGAUUACACAAUCCAAGGAAGCAGGUGAGUCUGUUCCAAUUUCGGUUGUUAAUUCUAAUACUAAUGAGCACAUUCUAGAUAAUACAGAGUUUUUAUCCAGUACAAUGUCGGACAGACAAAGGAUGAACUUAAGAAGAAGACGUACAAUCGAUUACAGACACUUAGACUCUAAUUUAAGCUGUGGUGGAUAUGGUGUUUGAAUGAAAUAAUGAUUCAUUUGUACUUGUUGAAUACUUGAUUUCGAAUUCCAAAUACAGUAAUAAUAAUUUAUUCUGAAAAUAAUAAUUACAGAAUUCACGCCAGUUUACAGGCAUGGUCAGUUUGAUAUAAAUAGUAACAUUAGACGUGGAGAACAAACAUAUGAUAGAAGAAAGUUUUAAGUAAACCAGUUCAGUAAUUGUUUAGGUAGUACAUACAUUACAGCGAUCCAAUGCAUCAGCCGGUAAUUUUUAAUAUUUCUUAAAUGGACAGCCUGUUGAUUUAUUAAUGUAGUAAUUGAGGUCAAUUCGUGUACCAGAUCGAAUUAAUGAUAAUUAUCUACAACUAGAGAAAUUAAAACGAAAACAGAGAACACGGAACAACAAAGAAGUAAUUACCAAAAUAUAUCAAUCAGGUCUACCUAAAUGCGUGUGUCAUGUGACAUGUGAUAUACUGUUGAUGUUAUUCAAAUUAGUUAAACUUGCUAGGGACGGUGUUAACAUAAAGUGACAGCAGGUAGGUGGUUUUACUUAGGGAAUUCAUUAAUAAGAAUGGCUAAACAUUUAAUGUUCCUAAAAUAUCACUUGUGGAAUGAGAUACACUUGCAAGUGAUAGACCAUUCAAUGCAUUUUCAGAGGAGCAGUAUGCAUCGAUGCAGCGAACAAAUAAUGGGAGUGAUUUUAUCGUGCGGAUAGAUUGUGGUAGGUUAUUCGAGUCUAGAAAAUUUACAGGUGAAGUAAUUCAUAUAAAGAGAUGAUUUAGAAUGAGUUUGUUUCACUAGUGCCAAGGAAUUACGAAUGUCAUAAUGAGAAGUUUCUGCAUAUUGAAUCACGUGAUUGGAUGUAAACGAUAGUUUAUGAAGUAGUUUGAAGAAAAAGAUAAGAUUUAAUUUGAGUCUCCUCCUCCAUAAAGGGUCUAGCCCAAGUUUGUUACAUCUAGAAUUAUAAGUUAAGGUACAAUCAACUCCAAGAAUACGAAGUGUAAAUCGUCUCUGUACUGAUUCCAGCCUUAAUUUAUCCUUUAUGCGCGCACUGCUAAGAAUAAACGUGCAAUAUUCUAGAAGAGGUCGAGCACAAACUUUGUACAUUGGAAUACGUGACUCAUUGUUGUAAAGGUUUCGAGUUAUGUAACCUAUUAGACGUUGAGACUUAGAGGUCUGUUUUAAUAUAUGUUCUGUAAACGACAAGUCUUGGGAAUAUCUAAGUCCUAAGUCUACUGUAUGAAACCUAGAUAACACUUCUCCAUUUAUGGUAAUGUCUAGGUUGAGUGAUGUAUCGCCGAAGCAUAUCCAUCCACAUUUAGCCGUAUUAAGCUCCAGUUGCCAUUUUAAGCACCACUGUGCUACCUUGUUAAGCUCCAUGCUGAUGCAAUUUUGUAUAUUUUUCAGCUCAUGUGGAGAAAAUGAAUAUACUACUUUAAGAUCAUCUGCAUAUAGAAGGGGCUUACCGACACAAAAGCUUUCACAGAUAUCAUUGAUAAACACUAAAGAGAGCAAAGGACCUAAGACACUACCUUGUAUUACACCACGUCUAACAGGGACAGCGUUGGACAAUGAAGAGUUAAUUUUAACUAUUUGAUGUCGAUUGCUGAGAAGGGAAUCAAACCAAGCAAGCAAAGGAUUUUGAACCCCAUAAGAUGCGAGCUUACCUAUAAGAAGUGGGUGGAUAACCAUGUCAAAGGCUUUAGAAAUGUCCAGAUGUCACCAUCUUGAAACACCGACUUCGGUGGCUAGGACAUGUUCUACGAAUGUCGUCCCAGAGAAUUCCACGUCGUGCAUUAUUUGCCGACUCUGGGACUGGUUGGAAGAAGCGGAGAGGUGGUCAGCGCAUGACAUGGUGUCGUGGCAUGAAAGAAAGCUACAAAGGGCUAACUGGUGUUGGUCCUUCACGACUCCCUGGCUGUAGUCUAAGAGAUGGUGCGACUGAGGGACUAGAGACUUUAUCAGAUAUGGCUCAGAAUAGAAGCCAGUGGCGAUCCUGCUGUAAAUUUCUUUAACUUUCUUCAUAAAAAGUGGUUGUAUCUUCCUUAACUAAAAGAUUUCUUCUGAUUGUACCUUUCCGUUCCCUCAUUAUUACUAUGAUUAUUACUACACUAACUCACACCCACCUCUUCGUUAUUGUUUCUUUUUUUCACGCUCCUUAUCUUUUUUUUCUUUCUCUUCAAAUUCUCAUUGUUUUGUGUGGCGCAUAUAUAUUGGCGCUCUCUUGUACCAUUAUUUAUGUGUUCAAAUAGAUAAAUAAAUAAAUAAAUAAAGAUAUAGCACUAAGACUAGAUAUCCUUGGCUACGUAGAGAAUAGACUAAAUUAAAGAAGUCAAAAUGACAUGUCAUGCAAGAACGAUUUUUAAGAAAUCCAUGUUGGGUAUCAUUGAUAAAUUUUCCAGCAAGUAAAUAGUUGGAAAGUUCAUCACUUAUAAUUUUUUCCAUAAUCCUAGAAAUAACUGGAGUAAUAUUUAUCGGCCGGUAAUUGUUCAUGUCAUUCUUAUCUCCAGGUUUGUAACGUGAUAUGAUGUACGCGGUUUUACAACAGUAAGGGUAAGAACCAGUUUCCAUAGAGAGAGUAAACACCUUUAGAAGAAGUGGAAUACCUGGACCACCAUAUUUGUAGAGAAAGGAUGAAAUCCCGUCUACUCCAUGACUUCUCGAAAGCUUAAGGGUAUUUAUAGCCUUAUUAAUUUUCAUGCAUGUGAAGGAGAUAGAUUUUAUUGAGUUGCUAGUCACGCGCAUAACUCUUGAAGCAGAGCCACUUAUGAUUUUUACACCAUUCGAAAAAUACUACUGAAAAGGUCUGCCAUGGUUUUAGAGUCGUAUAUAAAAGUACUAUUAUGCUGGAUGCACGGUAUAUCAACAUUUCGAGUUGCUUUAGUGCGUUUAUUGAAAAGGAGAGUUAUGUUUUGUACUUUCGAGAUAGUAAUAAGUGCUAACAGCUCCUCAUUAAUGGCUUUUAACCUAUGUUCCUCUUUAAUUUGAUUAAAAAUUAUUGUUAUUUGUGCAACUGCUGUGAAGUCGUUUGACUUAAAAUAACGAUUCUGUAGGCGUUUUAGUUUAUUACGAUAUUUAGCUGGUAUAUAUAAUUCGUAAGGUUUACUAAACCUGUACGUUUUAAGAGGUACACAGGAAUCUAAACAAGAGUUAAUGGUCAGAUAGAAUUCGUCGGUAGCAUCUAUGCGACUAUUACAUGAGAAAAAGUUAUCCCAGUCUGAAAGUUUAAUCAGUGAAUGCAGGAGGUCCCAGUCAGCAUGCUUAUAGUCUCUAUAUUGACAGGUUUUUUGAAUGGAUAGGUUAUAAGAGGGAUAGAUAGGGAGAGCUCAAACUACUAUCUUAUUGUCACUGCUUUCAAAUUCACCGUAUACUUUUACAGAUAGUGGGAUAACAUCUCUACUAAAUAUUAGAUCGAGUAUACUAUCGCCUCUAGUUGGGGUACGAACCCACUGCGACCAGCAGUGCAUGUUAAUGGUUGCCGAGAACUCAUCAUUACAUGACUGACAAUUACCGGUACUCCAUUUAAUCCCAGGAUAACUGAAAUCCCCAGUGAUAACCUUAGCACUAAAGUUUAGAGAAGAUGCAUGUACGAAUGCAUUGAUAAUAAGAUCAUUCCCAUUAUCCGAACUAUCAGGAGCUCUGUAUAUACAUCCAAGGAGUAGACUAUGAUUCAGGGUGUUGACUGAUAUCCAGACUGGUUCUGGUAAACUAUUCAGGACACUAUCUUCAACUUUAUUAGUUGUUAGGGUAUCCAAAGCAUAUAUAAUACAACCACCUCCUCGCUUAGUUUCUCUGUCACAGCGAUAGAGUCGAUAGUUCUGGAUAUUUAAUUCUGAAUCAGAUACUGCUUGAGAGCACCAUGUUUCAGUGAUAAGUAUGAAAGAAGGUUUGGCUAGAAAAGCUAAUGUUCUCGAGGCUGAAAUUUUGUUCAGAAGUGAACGUGCAUUGAUAAGUAAUAAGUUUAAAAAGGGAGUGUGGAGUGUAAAAAACCGAGAGCUUCCCUACUGAUGUUAUGUAUUUUGGGUUUGCAUAGACUGUGGCUUAUUAUGUUUGACUGAUCGUAUGGGCUAUCGCUUGAACAAACUGUAUUGCUAGUGGGACCAGGGAUUUCUGAAGGCCAAAAAAAUCAUUAUUUUCAUAAAGUGGAUUAAAUUGUUGAACUUAACUAGGCGAACAGUUAAGACAAGCACCUGACAGUUGGGGUUGGGUUGAUGGUUAGUAACCCAGUAAUCCAUCUUGCCCAAUGGGAAAGUGUUGAGAAUAGUUACGUCUUACAGGCAUGUUAUUUAAAACGUUUGAGGAUAACCGUAGGGUGCGUUGGUUCAUUGUGGUCUGUCCAAUAUUAGGCCUGCUUACAUAAUGAUUGCAGUGGCCAUCUUGUGAGACAUUUGAAUCAAGUCUGCCCUUAUAACCUCCCCUACGAUGCGUACGGUAAAGCAUGGUGUCGGGAAGUACAGUCUUAUUUUUAUUGGGUAGGGUCAUCGUAAUAUUUUUGAUAUUGGGUCUAGAACCAGAAGGUUCUUUACUUACAUUCUUCUUACGUGGCAUAGGUUUUUUAGUCUUGACAGUGUUUUUAAAAGCUGUCGCAUUAGAACUAAGUACUUGCUUAUGGGCUUCUAAUAGUAAACUGGGUAAUAUCGGAUUAAUGUCGUCAUUAGAUGUACAUUGGCUAUCAGAUGUCACUACAGACAUAAAAGACAAACUAGCACUCUUCGUUGGCAUAUCAGAGUACUGGAGAACAUGAGAUAAGGUAGGUGCAUCAGUGGAUCCAGCAGCUGAUGCAUCGUGGUUUGUUGUGAUCCCAACACCUUUAUUUUCGUUCAAGGUGCGUUUUUGCGUAAGCCUUUGAUUGGUGGUCUUAUCUGAGACUAUACGAGCGUUUCUAAAUUUCGUAAGCGCGCAGAUUAGCCGCUCGAAUUAUUUUAACUGUUCAGCUAAUAUAUGAGAGUCGAAUCUGAACAAGACCGGGCACGAGUAUUUCUGGUGCUUUUUAUUAAGUCGAAUGCAUUGGCAUGGACUAUCUUGAAGGUUAGAUGCUUUUAAUAUCGAAUUCCUUACAGUUUUAAUGGGGAUUCUGUCAGGUAUAUUAUAGACAAUCACGUUAUUACGAGAGACUAUUCGCUUGGUAACUUCAAUAGCGAUAAAGUCGAUAACAGAUUCUGCUUUGAUGAUGUCAUCAAGUUCGCAGGAACGAUAUCUUUUGACAGAAGCAGCUUAAUGUCUUUAUUUCUUGUUCCAGAUCAUCAGGCUUUGGUAAAGAGCUAGCAAGUGACUCAACUUUAGAACGCAUGUCAUUUAGUUGCUUAAAGAUAGUGUUUGAUUCACUCUUAAUAUUAGUCUUCAGUCUUCAGUAAUAAGGAUAGUAGCUGGUGAACCUGUAUUAAUCCUGACACAUUACUUUCCAGUGAAGGUCCAGCUUCUCCUUGAAAGUAUUCAGUGAAGGGGCUGAUACCACUUGUUCGGGUAAGGCGUUCCAAUCAUUGACUACUCGAUGAGAAAAACGGGACCCCACUUUAAGUUUAUUAGAUCGUGGUUUAUGAACAUUCUUGCUAUGACCUCGGAGAUUAUUAGUGCUGGAGAGAGAAAAAAGAUAAGACAUAUUAACACCCAAAUCAUAAUUAAAGAUACGAAAUGCCAGUAUAAGGUCACCUCGUGUCCUACGAUACGACAAGGGGAAAAGAUUUAGGCGUUUUAAACGCUCAUCGUAAGGGAGUCUAGAAAGACCCAACUUACAUCAAUCCGUUGGUGGCUUCACUUCGUUGUCCACUGAAAAGUAAGGUAAGAUUGGCGCAGACCAAGGCAUGAUCAGAGUCCAGAUAGGUACUCCAAAAGGAGCGGCAGUCUUGUACACAACCACGCCAGCGGUAGCUGAUCGCGAUGUGAUCAAUCUGAAUCCAGGCUUGAGAUGCAGAAGGAGGAUGCCAGGUGGGACAUCGGCGAUGACUGUGCCGAAAGUUAGUGCUAGCCAGAAACAGGUUGUGGUCUGUGGACAGUUGCAGUAGACGGUCCCCGUUAUCUAUCCUGCGACCAACAAGUCCCCAUUCGCCACCUAAACGACUCUCUUCUGUGCCUAGACGCCCGACCUGAGCAUUCAAGUCUCCGGCUACUAAUACAAUAUCUGUCGAACGCACUUUCUGGAGAACAACAGUUAACUGGUGGUAGAAUUCAUCCUUGAUUGCAUCCGGACUGCAAUCUGUCGGGGCAUAGGCGGAGAUGACGAAAAGACAUCGUUUCUCACGCCGAUUUCUUCUCACUUUGAUGGAACUUUCUAAUCUAACAGUACAUAACGGACUGUCAAUGGGGAUCCAAUCGAUUAGUGUUGCCUCAGCUCUAGCGCUUAGUCCGACACCAAUGCCAGCAACACCAGACGAAGAUGCCACAGGGUCACCGGAUAAGCGCACGUAAAACAAGCCUUUUGAAGCGACAGAUGUAGAACGAAUUUGUAGUACUUCACCAGAGUCUUAAAUACGGGUCUCGGAUAGACAGCAAACAUCGAUAUUAAGACUUUCUAAAAACAUAGCCAGCCCUAUCUGUUGUCCGAGCUGCAUGAGUGUGCGAACGUUGAAGGCAGCCAGUUUGAAUGAUGCACGUGGUUUCAGAAAAACUGCUUCAGUACUCAUAUUCGGUGGUAACAUACAAUUUUCAACCGGACAGUGACUCGAGAACGUUUAGAUAGAGUCGAAUUUCCACCAUGGGCGAGCUGCUGUAUAAGUCGAAAAAAUAAGCAUAGACAGAGUAGGAAUAGAAGAGGGUAAGUGACGUAGUAAAUAAUAAUAAUGCGAGCUACUUGAUUGUUAUUUGAAGGGAGAGGAAUAUUUUUCACAAGUAGACAGUUUAUCAUGUUUCUGUGUGCGGGCUGAGAUACGGCCCGGGUUUCCAGACCGAAGGUGGUUAUCUUAAGGAGCCACACCCCGAGCAUUUGACCUAAAGGUCUAACCCACAAGGCAGUGGAGCAUCGUGAGGAGAUGCAGUCCCAUGGUAGCCGGUGACCAACGAUUGGUUCAUACGCCAUUUGUUCCCACAGGAUACUGGAGUCCAUGUGCACCAUUGGUUUGUGAUCCGGUUAAAGCGCCGGACAUUCGCUUUUCGUCCUGUCAAUUUCGUAAACAACACCAAUGUCACGAGAAAGCAGUGAGUAGAACUUCCCUGACAGAGGCUGUAUACGCGUGGCUGUGUGAGAGUAUUUCGAGAGGGAGGGCGAACUCACCCCGCUCUCGGCCAUACCAGGGCAUUUGGGGGCAGCUACAACCUUCACACCAAAAGUCUUUAAAAAAGACGUCACAAAGACUAGUGUUUGAUUGUCGGAAGGUCGAAUUUACACCAUGAAACUGUCACAUGCAACAGUCAGUUGCGCUUAUACAUUUUAAACUCUGUGUGUUAGACGAUUGCUUCAAUUCAUUUAAUUACGUUGGAUUGAAUGAAACCGUAUUUAGUGUUUGUUCUUAAAGAAUCUUGUUCUUCACCAAUGAGUUGAAGCUACUUAAUUCGAGUGAACCGAAUCCAGAGUGAAACAAUCUUGUUAUAACAGUGGAAUGACCAAGAAAUUCACUCACUUCAAGUGACGUUAAAGAGCCAGAAUAAACGUAUGUUUCAGAUUGCGUGAGCUAGCAUUUUUAGGUUCUUCUGUAAAAGUGGAAUCCUGGUUGUAACCUUGAUAUCUGGCAGCUAAGCUGGAGUAAAAGCUGAGAAUUAAAAUUUUUGGGACGAGGGCUAAAACUGUUAAAAACAAGUUGGGCCAGAUUAGAUUGUUGUUUGACAUUGGUAGUUGGGCUAAGACAUGAUUAAAUAGGGAUCCAGAGUGACUGUUCUAAAUAUACAAUUUGUUUGCUUAUGUUGUGGUGGUUUUAACGAGCAGAUGGAGUGAACCUGUUAUUCAAAUCUGUAUUAAAAUCGUGUGGCUCUAAGAAAAUGGUUCAGCUGUUUAUUACUAAACAGAAAAGAAAUAGAGGGCUUGGUAUGUUGACUAUAAACACAUAAAAACUUCUCUAUUUGAUAUACAAAAGGAGCAUAUUUAGUCCCCAUAUAAAAUAAGUGUAAUCGAUUAUUCCUGAAGUACUUGACUCACUAAAAACCAUUAUUGUGAAUAUAACCAUUUUUACUAGUUUUUUACGUACUAGUUUUCCCAAGCCUUUGACUUGGUUUGUUCAUAAUUUUAGCCACGAAUCUCCACUUUCCGUUUCGUUCUUCGUUCAAUAUUUUGAAAUUUGUCUCUUGAAACAAAUAUUGAAGUUUUUAUGAAAAACGGCUAUUAGAUGACUGGACGGUGCUUUUGUGCGUGCUUAUGACCUGUCUAUACAUAGGGUUGUCGCAGGCUUAUUCCUAGGUGUUACAUGCUUAGCA